CCACCUGAGGGAGCCUCCUCCCCUCCCCCACCGCGCUUCCCUCCCCUCAGCCGGGCCAAGCCGGGCCUUGCCUCGCUGAGGAGGGAGGAGGACGAGCAGGGAGGAGGAGGAGGAGGAGGCCCUCGGGAGGAAAAGCUGAGGUUUCUUGUAGUCGGGAUCUCCCUCCCCAAAACAACCUUCGAAGGACUGAGCAGACCUUUCCUGGGAACCCAUGAACGGCUGGGACAGUGGCAAAAGAAAGCGGUAUUACUCUCCCGCAAGCUCCUUUUCCCUUCGCCUCUCUUCCGAGCAGGAGGUGAAUUUAUGUCAAUAUGUGAUAGGAUUCUGUCACGAGGCACCCCAUGCUGGAAAAGACACUGCCUGAAUUAUACCAGAGUACCAUAAUGACAGAAGAAGCUUGCCGGACGCGAAGUCAGAAGCGAGCCCUCGAGCGGGAGAUCACCCAGAACGACGUGGACUGCAAGAAGAUGAAGAUGGACAAGGGGCUCCUGGGGGCCCCCGAGGCCAACGCGGAAGGGGGAGACCUCAAGGUGAAGAGUGAACCCACAUCUGGGAGAGUCCAGGGAUUGUUAAAAGGAGGGGAGAUGAAAGCCACGAUCAAAGUGGAGGUGCAGACGGGAGACGAGCCGGUGGACAUGAGCACCUCGAAAAGCGACGUCAAGCGAGAGAGGAGGGUCCCUUCGCCUGAUGUAAUAGUACUAUCGGACAAUGAGCCGUCGAGCCCAAGAAUGAAUGGAUUGACGAAAAUCCCGUUAAAGGAGACCAGCACAGAGGUGCUGAUGAAGAGCAGCCCCGAGGAGCGGGAGCAGAUGAUCAAGCAGCUGAAGGAGGAGCUGCGGUUAGAGGAGGCGAAACUCGUCCUGCUGAAGAAACUGCGGCAGAGUCAGAUACAGAAGGAAACGACGGCCCAGAAGCCCACCGGCUCCUCAGGAAAUGCCGCGGCGACUCCCCCACCCUUGGUGCGAGGGACGCAGAGCAUCGCCUCCAGCAAGUCAGCCCUCCUCCAGAAUUCCUCGCGUAUUCCCGGGACUGUUAUUCCUCCCCCGUUGAUCCGCGGAGGGCAGCAGGCAUCUUCGAAGCUGGGCUCUCAGCAGAACACGCAGAUAGUCAUGCCUCCUCUGGUGAGAGGAGCACAGCCCAUCUCUGUGUCUCCCCAGCAAAUCCACAACAUCCGCCAGCACUCCAGCUCGGGGCCCCCUCCCCUGCUCCUGGCCCCGCGGGCCUCCGUCCCCAGCGUGCAGAUCCAGGGCCAGCGCAUCAUUCAGCAGGGCCUCAUCCGCGUCGCCAACGUCCCCAACGCAAGCCUCCUGGUCAACAUCCCGCAGGCCUCGCCAACUUCGCUCAAAGGUGCAGCCGUGACGGCGGCCCAGGUGAACGCUGCAGCCACUGCCACCAGUGUAGCCUCCAUCGUCAACUCCAAUGACUCCCCUGCCAGCCGCCAAGCGGCCGCCAAGCUGGCGCUGCGGAAGCAGCUGGAGAAGACGCUGCUGGAGAUCCCUCCGCCCAAGCCGCCGGCCCCCGAGAUGAACUUCCUGCCCAGCGCGGCCAACAACGAGUUCAUCUACCUGGUGGGACUGGAGGAGGUGGUGCAGAACCUUCUAGAAGCUCAAGGCAAGGUUUCCGCUGCCCCUUCCUCUCAGGACCCCUACACAUGCGUCCAGUGCAAGACGGACUUCACUUGCCGGUGGCGGGAGGAGAAGAGCGGCUCCAUCAUGUGCGAGACAUGCAUGUCCUCCAACCAGAAGAAGGCGCUGAAAGCCGAGCACACCAGCCGGCUGAAGGCUGCCUUUGUCAAGGCCCUCCAGCAGGAGCAGGAGAUUGAGCAGCGGAUCCUGCAGCAGGCGGCCUCCCCCGUCCAGACCAAACCCGAGCAGAUCGCACAGCAGCAUCACUCGCUCAAGCAGGCCUCCAGCCAGCUUCCCCGCAGCGCCAGCACCCCCCGCGGAGUGUUGCAUGCAUUUAGCCCGUCGCCCAAGUUGCAGAACGCCGCCUCCAGUGUGGCCGUGCUUGGCGGCAGGCAAGGUAAGCGUGCUCAGAGACCCGCCGGCAAAGGAAGUGCUUGCACUUGGAAGAAGACUCUCGUCAACGCAGGUGGGACGCUGAACUUUGUCAACCCCAGUCUCGCUGUGCAUAAAACUGCCGCUUCGGCUGUGGACCGCCAGCGUGAGUACCUCCUAGACAUGAUCCCCCCGCGAUCCAUCUCUCAGUCUGCCACGUGGAAAUAACGCAGGAACCUCCGCCUAGAGUGGAAGACUUCUCCCUUUUUCUUCUCGUCCCCCCCCCCCCCGUUUCCCCCACCCUCCCCAACCCAACCUUUGAUUCCGCCACCUGCCCAGCAUCCCACCACCCGGUGGGGAAAACGACGACAACAACAGCAAGCCUGCUUUCAAGCCUCGCCCGGAUCACGCCUGCAAAGGUCGCAGGAGGGAAACGCUUGCUCCCGCCAGUGCCUCUCUCAGCAAGGAAUGGGGGCGGCAGAGAGGGGCAACGACACUUCCCUGCAGGGUGGAACGGACACUCGGGGAGGUUGCAACGGACAUUAGGCAACCGGACUUUCGCAUUUUCAUUAUUAUCAUUUUUCUUCUGCUGUCUUCGAGAGGAGAGUCGCCUUUAUCAUUCUUUCCUGCUGGCCACACACACCCUGAAACUUAUUUUGUUUCUCUUAUUAGCAUUUUUUUUGGAGGGGGGGGAGUUACAUGUCAUUCUUUCCCCCCAGCCAGCAGUAGUACAGAACGAGGAUUAAUUCGCAAGAAACUCGCUCUCGCUCUCUGUCUUUCUCGCCUGCUUUCGUCCCACCCUCCCUUUAAAGAAAAAAAAGGCCGCUUUUUUUUUUAGUUCCUUUUUAGAUUUUAUCGUUGUCGUUAUUAUUAUUAUUAUUAUUAUUUCCGUUUCUGAGCGAUCGUACAACGGUCGUUAGCGAUCAAGGAUGUACUAUUUCCCGCUUACGGAAAGUGGAACUGGGACCCAGCGCUUGUGGAGAGAGAAAUCCGCAAAGGGGACGGACUGGCUCCAGCCCUGCCUUUUUCGUUUUUGCUCCCCCCCCCCCCCCCCCGCAAUUCCCGUGGUGGCAACGUGAUAAACGGAGGGGGCAGCCAGGGGGUUGUUGCGGUGGAGGGAGCCUGAGUGGCUUCUUAGGGCUGUUGGUUUUAUUUUUUGAUUAAAAAAAGACAAACCCGCUGAUAACUUAUGUUGUGAACAAAUGCAAAACGGACUCUCCGCCCCCCUCCCCCCGGAGAUGUGGAGCGACAGGACUCAGCGGGGAGGGGGGGGUUGCGUCAAGGGGGGGGUCGGAGGCGCACCUGUCUUGUCUUUCUUUGAAAUAAACAGGAUCCUGUCUCAGAUAGAUGUUUUGCCCCGGACAUUUGAUAGCCCGAAAACUUUACCGGACAGUUUAAAAGGAGUUCCCUUCAUCUGGAGAGAAUGAACUGUGGGGAGGGGGGCUGAGCCUCUCUUCCCCCUUCCCCACCCCAAACAUCCCAACAGGGAUCAAGGAAGAAGAGAUGUAUAAUUUUUUUGAAUUUUUAUUUUAAAAUCUCUACUGGGUCCCUCCCACCCCCUCUCCUCCUUCCGCCGUGCGCUUUCCGUGGCCGGGGGGAGUUGUACUUUGGAUCUCCAGGAGCCAUAUGCAGUUUUAGGCAACCUGGAGUAAAGAAAAGGUCCGGUGGAUUUUGGAAAAGGAAAUUUUGUGGGGAGGCUGUUUUUUUUUUAAGAAAAGGGGGUGGGAGAGAACAUUGAUUCAGCUGUGCCACUAGAUAGAGCCUCCCUCAGCCGCCGUUUGCUACCAGUUUUUUUGGGGGGGGGGUGCAAAACGGCCUUCGUACUCUUUGAAGAGUUUUCCGCAGGGCUGGUCGCUGUCCUCAAAGCACAACCCAGACCCUGCUCACAGGGCCCCAGACUUCAUUCUCCUCCUCCCAACAAGCAAAUUCUCUCCCCCCUGCCCCCCCAAAUGUUUAAUUUCUAGUAGCACCUUGGGUAACCUUUAUUUUUGCUUUAAAUUGCGUUCCCCACCCCUAACCCCACACAAAAAACCAGAAUACUCCAAGCUUUAAAUCAAAGGAGCACCUACAGUUUGUUCCCUCUUUUGUGUUUUUAAGGUUGUUUAAAAAAAAACUUUUAUUUUCUAGAGGUGGAAUUACAGCCCCCAGUUUUUAAAAUGACUUAUUCCUAACAACAUGUUGGUACUAGAUCUAGUGCUGAUAGGAGAGGGGUUCGUUGCAAAA